UGUCUGUAUCCAUUUUCUUUUCUUUCUUUUUUCUUUUGGGAUAGAAUCUUAAUUACCAAAUUUGGGUUCUCUCUGAUUCCAUCUUCAUCGCAACGAACAGAUACUUUGGAGUUGGAGACGUAACCAUCAAAUUCUUUAUAAUGGGAAUAAAAUUGUUCAUCUAAUCUCCCCAAAUUCCUCUUCUUCUUCUUCCUCUCUCUCUCUCUCUCUCGUUCGUCAUUGCAGAAACAUCCCUUGAGAGAGCAUCAAUACAAUCUUGGAGUUGAAGCCAUUGGAACAAGAGCUCUCUUGAUAAGUUUUGUCUGCGUUUUUAUGGUACUGUGGUUUGAUGGGUGAACAGCCAAUUUCAAGUAAUGAAAAUGGUGCUGAGACCAAACCAAACCCAAAAAUCACGCUUUUGCCACUCAUAUUUCUGAUAUUCUAUGAAGUAUCUGGCGGUCCAUUUGGUGUGGAAGAUUCCGUGAAAUCGGGUGGCGGUCCGUUGCUAGCACUUUUAGGGUUCUUGAUUUUUCCAUUGAUUUGGAGCUUACCUGAGGCUCUGAUAACUGCUGAGCUCGCUACAAGCUUCCCCGAAAAUGGCGGUUAUGUGGUUUGGAUCUCUUCGGCUUUCGGACAGUUUUGGGGAUUCCAAGAAGGGUUUUGGAAAUGGUUUAGUGGUGUUAUGGACAAUGCUUUGUAUCCAGUGUUGUUCCUAGAUUACCUCAAGCAUUCGUUCCCGGUGUUUAACCUCGUGGCUGCUCGGGUUCCCGCUUUGUUAGGGAUCACGUUUUCGCUAACGUAUUUGAACUAUAGAGGACUGCAUAUCGUUGGGUUUUCAACCGUACUUCUUGCGAUUUUCUCGCUUUGUCCGUUCAUCGUAAUGGCUCUGCUUUCCGUUCCCCGAAUCAGUCCGAAGCGAUGGCUAGUCGUGGAUUUUCGCAAGGUCAAUUGGAGAGGGUACUUCAACACCAUGUUUUGGAAUCUGAACUACUGGGACAAAGCAAGUACUCUUGCAGGAGAAGUUGAAAACCCGGGCCAGACGUUUCCAAAGGCGCUGUUCGGGGCAGUUUUGUUGGUUAUCUGUUCGUAUUUGGUACCGCUCAUGGCAGGGACUGGCGCUCUCGCAUCGUCUUUAUCGGAUGAGUGGAGCGACGGGUACUUUGCUCAAGUUGGGAUGGCGAUAGGAGGUGUUGGCCUCAGUGUAUGGAUACAAGCUGCUUCUGCAUUGUCAAACUUAGGAUUAUUCGAAGCCGAGAUGAGUAGCGACGCAUUCCAGCUUCUCGGAAUGAGCGAGAUUGGUAUGCUCCCUGCAUUUUUUGCCCGCAGGUCGAAACACGGGACUCCGACCAUAAGCAUUCUCUGUUCAGCAACCGGAGUCAUAUUCCUGUCAUGGCUGAGCUUCCAAGAGAUUAUAGAGUUUCUGAAUUUCUUGUAUGCCUUGGGAAUGCUUCUCGAGUUCGCGGCCUUUGUAAGGCUAAGGAUCAAGAAAGCCGACCUUCACCGGCCUUACAAAGUUCCGUUAGGCACUUGUGGAGUCGCAUUACUCUGCUUUCCUCCUUCACUGCUUCUCAUUCUAGUGAUGGUUUUGGCUUCCCUGAGGACGUUUUUAGUCAGCGGGGCCGUGAUUCUUUUCGGGUUCUGUUUGUAUCCUUUCUUGUCGCUCGUGAAGGAAAAGAGAUGGCUGAGUUUCAUCCCCGAGGAGGAAAUGAUACUGACUUCAGAUAAGUCAUCAUCACAGCCAUCGGAUCCGGGCUUGGGAGAUGAGUCUGCUUGCCUUCUCCCGUGAUCUGUACCAACGACGCAUGACGCAAAUUAUUGUAUAGCCUGUAGAAUUGAUAUGAAAUUAUUUCCAUCUCCCGUGAAAUGUGUAGCAAAAGGGUGGCUUGUGACCUGUAUAAGAAUUCGUUAUGGUGAUUUGUUGCAGCUAUAAGCUAUACUCUCAUGAGGUAUUCUCGUUCAAGAUGGGGAUCUGCAUCGUUU